GAAGCCGACGCGAGUGUAACAGCCGCGAACUUGGGCAAAACGAUCGCUCGUACUGACAGUUCGUGGCUGCGAGGCCAUUGCGAAGGAGACGUUCGAAUACGGAAAAAAUUUCAUUUUGACUCUGGGUUAUCAACCUUUUUUUUUAUUCUUUUUUUUUUUUUUUAAUUGACAAGUAACGAACUCGUUUGUACGCGCGAGGAAAAAUGGCCACGAUGGGAAGCGACCUGCUCACGGCGAUUCUGCAGAAGACCGACAACGCCGCCUCGUACGAGUACAAUCUUUGGACCGAUUCCCAGCGGAAAGUUACGCCGACGAAGACGAUGAUAUGGCCGCUCAGGUCGGGGUCGGUGGCGACGACGGCGACGAUGACGACCACGAGCUCGGAAGAGGAUCGCGCCCACUUCGAGCAGAUUUUGCAGCGCUUGGUGCUCCAGAAGGAGAUGCAGCAAAGGUUGCAGAGGAACGAGGAAUUUUGGCGAUUGUUCCCGCAUCUGCGAAAACCGAGCCAAUUCAGUGCCGAGAAGGCGGCUCAUGCGAAAUCGAUCGUCGCCGAGGAAAAUCGUCGAAAUUACUCUUAUCCGAACGUGCAGCAGCAGCAGCAGCAUCCACCGCAGCAGCAGCGGCUUCAAAAUGAUCGCGAGAAGGACAAGAAAGACGAUCUCGACGACAGCGAGCAACAACGCAGACGAUUCUGGUCGAUGCUCACCAGCAAGCUGCCCGACGAUGGAAAGAUCAAGCGCGAGUCCCAGCUGCAGCAUCACUUGUCCGCGCCAGCCGCCGAGGUCGAGCAGCAGCAGCAACAGAUCGAGGCUCAGGCAGGGGAGCCACCGGCGUUUACGGCGAAGAUACCCGAUUGGGCGCGCAAGAGGCUGCCCAAGACCAAGUACGCCUGUCGCGUGUGCAAGAAGGAGUUCUUCAAGCCGCACAGCGUCGAGUGCCACAUGAUUCUCGUCCACGACGCCUCGAGCGGCGAGCUUACCUCGAACGACGAGUCGAGCUUCCGAUCGAGCGCCGAGCGCGCGAUCAAGCUGUCCUCGGUGAGCAGCUAUCCGUACCUCGACGAUGCGGUUGAUGGUGACUACUAUAACGACGACGAAAACGACGACGUCUUCAAUCCGACCUUCUUCAGCAGCAGCAGCGACGUGGAACUAGCACCACCUGAGUUCGACGAACGUUGCCAGCGCAUCGUCGCCGAUGAGAUGCUGCAGCGCCAGCAGCAAUCGACCGAGUCCGUCACCGCCGCCGCCGACGCGGAGAGAAGCUGCCACCUGUGCAAGUACUGCAAGCUGCCGUUCUUCUACUUCAACAAUUACGUGGCGCAUCUGCGCGCCGCGCACUGCUUCGAGAGCGAGCUGGGGGCCAGGGACACGAGCACCCCCAUGGUACCCGCGGGCAACGCCGGCGAGGAGGACAGCUUCCAGCUGCCGCAGCCCGGUACGCAGCUGCUGCUCGCCAGCAGCUACAAGUACGAGGACGAACGCAAGACGCCGGCGACCCCGCCACCGGUGGUCGCGCCGUCGAGGCUCGAGGUCACCUCGGAUCAGAACGAUUGCGACGAAGAGGAUUCCGAUGCAUUGGAACAGCCGCCGCAGAUGCCCGAGAAGGAGCAGGAACAACGUAUCAUGCUCCAAUGCGUGCUCUGCAAUACGAUGUUCUUCUCCAUGUACCAGCUCAACCGUCACGUCAUGCAGUACCACAGCUGCAAGGCUGCGCUCUGAGAACGACAUGCUUGUAUAUACGCGUCGAUCGAUCCUCGCGAUUAUUUUUCUUUUUCAUUUUCUUUCGUCUCGAGAGAGAGGCUACGUUUCACAAAAGCUACGCGGCCUAUUUCCACCCCCGCGUGUGUACGCGUUUUUUCCAUUCUAGCCCUGUGUGUGUCUUAAUAAUUUACAUAAUUUUACAAAUAUGUAUAACGUUUAAAAUUUAAGAUAUGUGUAACUUGACGAUAGCCGUUUUCACGGUGUGUAACGUUUGUAUUUCCGUAUUUUAACGUGCGUCAAUGUUUUCAGAAGAUUCUGAUUUUUUUGUACUUUUUUUGGCGCGUCGAUGAUCUAUUCAUAUGUGUAAGAAAUAUAUCAAAUUGUAAACUCGGCUCAGCUCGCGCGGGCUUGUAGUAGAUAAGACAAAAAAAAACAUAAUAAUUUUUUAAUCUAGGGAUGAAUAAAAAAUAUGUUUUCCUCCUCGCACAUAUUAA